GUCCAAUUGACUCGCACCGAGUCUGCCUGAAAACAGAAAAGUAGCCUAGUGAGAUGUUUUGCACACUCCAGUUUUCCAUCCAUAGCCUUUGAAUUGUGUUGAAACGUGUGGGGGUCGCCACUAUUUCGAUCAAUAUCAUAUAUUGAUCAAUUCAAUUGACUAAUAGUAUUAGUUUCACGGUUGCUUAUAGUAUUAGUCCACCAAAUAUGCUAGCCCACUGUCUCCUAUUAUUUCAAUGAUCUCGCUCCACCUUCCCUUCUUCCACCGCCGAGCGCUCUCUCACGUUAUACUACUUCUCACAGUGCGGGUUGGUAGCUGAUGUCGGAUGCUUGGUGGAGCAGUCGGAUGCUUGGUGAAAUGCUUGCGAGACAAGCAAUCCGUUCCAGCCACUAUUGAAAAAGAGAAAGGGGCGGUGAUACAUGAAGAGACAUGGCUUCUAAAGAGAUAACUGCCCCUUGUUUUGUCAGUGUGAGCAGGGAUAUUACAGAGAGUAUCAGGAAGAUUAUUGACAAGUCCCCAACCAAGUUUAUACGUGGCAUUAAGCUUGACACCAAAAAUGGCAAAUCAGAGGAUAGGAUACUGGUUCUCACAACAUGGAGACUCUAUCUCCUGGUUGCCAAGGUUCCAACAAAGAUAGAGGUGACAUUUAACUUCUUGGAGAUCCGAGCCAUGAACAGUCACCCAGAGCAUCAGGUCGUCAUAGACACGGACAAGUCCACUUAUUCCUUGUGGCUACAGUCAAGUGACCACCUCAGUCAUGUGGUCAGCCAUGUUAACUUUGCCCUGUCCAGAAUGUUUAACAACUCUGUGUUUGCUCCUUCCAUCUGUCAGUCAGACAGUGAACUUUCUGAGGGAAGCAGGAAGUACUCCCCCAGCUCAGAGACGUCUAUGGAAACUCAGAGGGCCUGUGGAGGGUUUUCGGAGACCUACGCUGCCCUGUGUGACUAUAAUGGAAUCAGCUGCAAGGAGGAAGUGCAGUGGGAUGUGGACACUAUCUAUCACUCCCAAGACAACAGGGAGUUUAAUCUAGUGGACUUCAGCCACCUGGAAAGCAGGGACUUGGCAGUUAUUUUGGCCUCAAUGGCGUACAAUACAUGGUUCACCAAACUAUACUGUAAGGACAUACGCAUAGGGUCAGAGGUCACUGAGCAGGUUCUGCACACCCUCAGUAAGUCCUCCAGUCUGGAAGAGAUCACUCUGGAGAAUGCUGGUCUCAAAUCGGACUUUCCUCAGAAACUGUCAGUUGCGCUCUCAGAGAAUCCUGCUUCUGUCAUCCACUCUCUGAAUCUGGCCCACAACACACUGGACAACCAAGGUGUGGCUAACCUCAUCCAGCAAGUGUGUCGCCUCAGCAAAGGACUGCGUCUCCUCAACCUCUCCUCAACCUCCCUCAACUCCAAAGGUGUGGUGUCUCUGUCUCAGGCUCUGUGCUCCAGUGAUGAGUAUUCUAACUCUUUGCUGCACCUGGACCUGAGCAAGAACCCUGGGUUCCUGUCUGGGGAGGAUGCCUCGAAUCUGUGCCUGUUCCUGUCCCAGCCUAAUUGUCUGGUGCAUUUGGACCUGUCUGGCACUGACUGUUCUGUUGACUCGCUAUUUGGGGCUCUGCUGAGGGGUUGUUGUGCCGAUCUCUCCUACUUGAAUCUCUCCAAAAAUACCUUCUCCCACAGGAAAGUGAAGGAGACCCUGCCGUUGUUCUGUCAGUUUUUCAGCUCGGCCUUCAGUCUCACCCAUGUCAGCCUGGCCUCUAUGAAGCUGCCCCCUGAGGCCCUGAGGUCUCUCUUCAUUGGCCUGACCACAAACCCUCACGUGAAUGACCUACACCUGGACAUUAGUGGCUGUGAGCUGAAAUCUGCAGGAGCUUCUGUGAUCCAGGAGCUGUUCCCUAGGCUCUCCUCCAUCGCCACUCUGGACAUCUCAGACAACGGGCUGGAUGCACACCUUCUCUCAGUUCUACCAGCUCUCUCCAGACACACCUCCCUAAAGCACCUGUAUCUGGGCAAGAACUUCAACAUCAAGGGCAGGGUGUUGGAGGAAAUCCUACACAAGCUGGUCCAACUCAUACAGGAAGAGGAGUGUGCCCUCCAGUCCCUCUCACUGGCUGACUCGCGACUGCGUUCUCGGGGCACAGUGCUGGUAAACGCUCUGGGCAGCAACACCUGUCUGCGAAAGGUGGACCUGAGUGGGAACAGCCUGGAGGACAUUGGAGCCAAGAUGCUGAGCAAAGCCCUACAGAUCAACACCACACUCAGGAGUGUGACGUGGGAUCGUAACAACACCUCAGCUACAGGAUUCCUGGAUGUGGCUCGAGCCCUUGAACAUAACUUCACCUUGCAGUACAUGCCCCUCCCCCUCAGUGACAUCAGCCAGGCGUACCGUAGUACCUCCGAGAGGACAGAGCAGGCACUGACCAAGAUCCAGCGUGCUCUGCUGCGGAACAACCAGACUCAGUGCUUCUCUCAGAGACAGGCUCUACGGCUGCACCAGGGCCUGGUCACCAGCACUGCUGAACAGGUGAUGGAGCGUCUGAGUGUGUGUGUGCAGCAGCAGGUGUGUGUGCUGCGUGGAGUAGGGGAGAUGGAGGAGAUUCAAGCUGCUAAACAGGUGCUGAAGGAGGCCAGAAACUCCCGUGCGCUGUACCCCUCUCUCUGUGAGCUAGCUCAUGUGCUGUCAGUAGACGGGCCAGUCAGACAGAGACUGGACCAACUGGCAGGGGAACUGACCAAAGCAGCUGACAAGGAACUACAGGUGAUUGUUGAUUCCAUGGUGUCUCUCUGUCGUGAGUUGUGCCCGCUGUCCUCCUCUGCAGCAGAGAGAUUAAGUCCUCGGCUCUCGUCUGUCUCGGAGCGCAUCUCCAUCCCUCGCUCCGCCAUCCGCACAGCCUUGAUGGAGAGAGCAGCACAGGACAUUCACAGAGCGCUGGAGGAGGUGAAGCUCUCAGUGGUCUCCUAUCUCACCAACACCAUCGUGGAUCAGAUCUUGCAAGAGCUCUACGCCACUCACAAGACUCUGACGUGUCAGGUGUCCCAGGUGAAGCGCUGGGAGGUGACAUGUGACGGAGGAACAGGUCUGAGGUCACACAGACACAGAGACUCUCUGGACCUCACAGAUGAUGAGAUGGGCACCAGUAUAGUGAGCAUUGACACAAUUGCCAUUAAGAAGCAUAGCUCUAGAACUAGACGUAUUCGACCUGUCUCUACCAGGCUGAGCCAGUGUGAUGACUCCAGCUCCUCCCCACCCCCCUCUGCGUCCUCUUUUUUCUCUUCUUUCUCGGCCCUCUCUCGCUCUACAUCCUGGGAGGGGCUGUCUGCGCUCCCUACCCAAGGUGCACCUCUCCAUCAUGUGACGCGGGUUAGGCCAAGGCCCCCACAGAGGCACCGAGCAGGACAUGCCCCCUCUGACACACAUUGCACUGAAAAUGGAGCUGUCACCCCUAUUGAUCAUGGACUCCCAGAUUUAUACACCAAGAAAGUGCUCCCUGAUAGUCAGUUAUCCUCUCUCCAUAAAGCCCACUCUCUCAGACGAAAGAAGAGACGCAAUAUGCUGGCCAUCUUUGGUUUCCGUAGGAACCGCAACUCAACGCUCUCCAAUCAGGGACCAGAUUCUGGCGGAGACGGAUGUGGGGAAGAGUGUCGCACUGUCGCCAUGGCACCCACCGGGACAGCCACUGAGAAUGUCUACACGCUGCUGCAGCCCCCUCUCUCUGCUGCCAGGACAGGCUCUCCUGGUGAGGGGGGUGAUGUGGAGGACCAGAGGUUGGAGGAGCCAGUGGGCCUGAGCCUGCAGCCAGUGCAGAGCAUACCACCACAGCCUGGCAUGCCAGGUAGCAGACACCCCUUCUACUCACCCAGCCAGCAAUCGGAGCUAGAGACAGAGCACGAGCAACCUGCAGAUACAGACAGACAGGUGGACAGACAGUGGACAGAGGACAGAUGGGUGGACAGACAGUGGACAGAGGGGAAUCACACAGACAGAGAGAGGACAUUAAUAAGACCGGCUGACAGACAGGCUGAACGGCACUGGCCAGAGGACAGACUGUCAGACAAAACAUGGACAGAGGGAAGAACGGCAGAAAGACAGAUGGACAGAUAUUGGACGGAGAGAAGGCAUGCAGAUAGACACAUGGAAAGACAGUGGACAGUUGACAGACACACACCGAGACAGAUGGACAGACAGUUUGAUCGACAUAGACAGUGGACGGUGAGCAGACAACAGACAGACAGAACGUGGGCAGAGGGUCGACCGAAAGACAUACAGAUAGACAGACAGUGGAUAGACAGCAGGCAGUCAGGCAGACAGACUGACAGACAAGCCCAGAGACAACAUCUGGCUCAGAGUCCUCUGCCCCCUUACCCAUCAGACAGGACUCCAUCACCUAAAAGUGAGACUGACUCUCAGAAAAACAUGGACAGACAGAAGUACUCUGACACACAGAUGGACAGACACCUGCGCUCAGACACUGCUGUAGGACAGGUGGAAGGAUGGAGGGAUGGUGGAGGGGUUCCCCCUGGACGGGUUUCUACGAGUGCAUCUAAACCAGACCCUCCUCCCCAGAGCAGCAAACCCAACCUGUCCAAACUGAGACAGAGACAUCUACAGGAGAGCUCUGAGGAGGAAGCAGGCGGAGAGAGGGAUGGUGGAAGAAUGGAAAGGAAAGAGAGAGACAGAGAUGCAGAGGGACAGCCUCCUCCCAUUCCUGAAAAGCCAAAAACAUCAUCCUAUGUGUCUUCUCUAAACGAGUAUGCCAAUGAAAGGCCGAUCCGGCCUCCUGCAUCAUCUGCAUUCAGAAAGCCAUUGCUGGGAUUGGCCUACAGGGCUGUCAGCCAAGGUGAGGAAGCAGUGAGGCCUCAAGCCCACGUGAAACCCCAGAGGAACAGAAAGGCUAUGUCUUGUGACACAGGCACUGACAGGGAUAGCCCUAAUAAUCUUGAGAAGCCCCCAAAUCGCAAACCCCCUGUGAAAAAACCUAGACUACCCCAGAACAGAAACAAAUCCUUGGACUAUCCUGACAGUGUCAACUUAGCGUCUGGUAACAGCGAGCUGUUGUGAUGGCGAUGGAAUUCAGCUGCUUCAGACUGACCAGCCAUGGGGUUGUCAUGACAACUGGGCAGCAUUUUGUCCAAUGUGAAGAGGAGGGAGAUAGGAGGGAAAAUCUAGACUCUAGAGAGGGGACACAGAUCGAGGGGGAGGGGAAGAUAAAUGGCUGAGAGUGCAAAAUGAUAAGGACAUCGCCAACCAUCACUUACCUACUGCAUUAUUAUUGGAACACACACAGCCUAUUACUAGUCUGUCUCUGUCUGUACCUUGCCUUCGCUGUCUGUUUUCCUGUCAUCUCAAUGGAAACCUGCUGAACUGUUUUCCAGCUAUUCAAAAUGGUACUUUCUACUUUUGAACAUCAAAUUCAUUGUUGUCUGCACUUAAAGAAUUGCCAAAACACUGUCAUGCUAUAAUGCCAAGGGGCCAAACAUUGGAACGUUGUUAUUAUCAUUAUUCAGAGUUACACUUUAUUUUGUAUUAUUCAUAUAAACUAAGCUAUGUGGCUAAGCUGGACUAAAGAAAGGAAUUUGACUUUAUUAGAAUGUUAUGCAUUUUGACUGCUGUGAACAUUGAUUGCCAUGUUUGAAACCUAAAAAUGAUUGGUUGCUUAUUAUUAAAUGAAACUUGAUUAUUUCUAUCUAGUUCUGCUGUCAUGGACUGAAAGGUAAUAUAUUUUAUAGAACAAUUCAAUUGAAAAAUUACGUAUGAGUAUACUGUAUGAAUGAAUAAAAAUGCUAUA